CUCGCCGGCCGCUGCGCUCGGCGGCGCGGAAUAGAAUGAACUGUAACAAAACAAGCCGAGCCUUUGUAUCCGCUUAAAGGGGCCGCAGGCGCUUCCCCCGGCUCCCCCCACCCCCUGGCGCCCAACCCCCGCUCGGCGACGGCGUCUCCGGGGCUCCCAGCAACUGGCCGGACGGGCUUCCCUCACCUUCAGGAACAGCCCGCCCGCGGGGCAGGCAGAGCCGGGCGGGAGGUGAAGAGGAGGCUCCGCGUUUGGAGGAGGCAAGAAAGGAAGGAAGGAAGGAAGGAAAAAAUAGCCGGAGCGGCGCAGAGUGGACUCUGGUCCCGGGGAGCGCGGCCGGGCGCCGGAGCGGGGACCGGGAAGCGCCGGAAUGCAAACAAAGCUCGCGGGCGCCGGUGCAGAGCUCGCGGGGCCGCCCGGAAAGUUUGUUUGAUGAUGGCUUGAGUCGGCGUGCGUGCGGGGAGCGAGGCCGCCAAGUUCUCUCUCCCGCGGCGUCCUUUGGAGGGAGACGUCUCUCCCAUGAGCCGGCGGGGGCUCGGGGGCUGCGCUGCGGGGGCACCUGUCUCUCGCGUUAUUAUUUUUGUUUUGGGGGGAGGAGGGGUGUGACUCGUCAUGUCGAAAGUGAUCCAGAAGAAGAACCACUGGACUAGCAAGGUUCACGAAUGCACCGUGAAGCGGGGACCCCAGGGCGAGCUGGGGGUGACGGUGCUGGGGGGCGCGGAGAACGGCGAGUUUCCGUAUGUCGGAGCGGUGGCCGCGGCCGCGGCGGCGGAGCUUCCCGGCGGCGGCGAGGGCCCCAGGCUGGGCGCAGGGGAGCUGCUGCUGGAGGUGCAGGGGGUCCGGGUGUCCGGCUUGCCCCGCUACGACGUGCUGGGCGUCCUCGACAGCUGCAAGGAGGCCGUCACCUUCAAAGCCGUCAGACCAGGAGGAAAGCUGAGCAAGGACCUGCGGCACUUUCUCAGCCAGCGCUUCCAGAAGGGCUCCCUUGACCACGAGCUGCAGCAGACCAUCAGGGACAACCUGUACCGCCACGCUGUGCCUUGCACAACCCGCUCUCCCAGGGAAGGAGAAGUGCCCGGCGUGGACUACAACUUCCUGACUGUGAAGGAGUUCCUGGACCUCGAGCAGAGCGGGACUCUCCUGGAGGUCGGCACCUAUGAAGGAAACUAUUAUGGGACACCCAAACCUCCCAGCCAGCCGGUCAGUGGGAAAGUGAUCACGACGGAUGCCUUGCAAAGCCUUCACUCCGGCUCCAAGCAGUCGACCCCCAAGCGAACCAAGUCCUACAAUGAUAUGCAAAAUGCUGGCCUAGUCCAUGCGGAGCUUGAGGAGGAUGACGGUCCUGAAAUGAACAGCAGCUUCACAGCCGAUUCUGCUGAUCUGGAAGAGCACAGCCUGCAGGAAGCAACGCUCCCACCUGUGAACAGUAGCCUCCUCGCUGCCCCCAUCACGGACCCUUCUCAGAAGUUCCCUCAAUACCUACCUCUUUCCGCAGAGGAUAACCUAGGUCCUCUACCUGAGAACUGGGAGAUGGCCUACACCGAAAAUGGAGAAGUCUAUUUUAUAGACCAUAACACAAAAACAACGUCUUGGUUAGACCCUCGGUGCCUGAGCAAGCAGCAGAAGCCUCUGGAAGAGUGUGAGGAUGAUGAAGAAGGUGUCCACACGGAGGAGCUGGACAGUGAACUAGAACUGCCUGCCGGUUGGGAAAAGAUUGAAGACCCUGUCUAUGGUGUCUACUAUGUAGACCACAUCAACAGGAAGACACAGUACGAGAACCCAGUUCUAGAAGCCAAACGGAAGAAGCAGCUGGAGCAGCCGCCACCGCAGCCGCAGCCUCAGCCUCCGUCCGAAGAGUGGACAGAAGACCGGUCAUCGCUCGUGCCUCCUGCUAUUCCCAGCCACCCUCCGAGCAACCCAGAGCCGGCCAGGGACACUCCCCUUCAGGGCAAACCCUUUUUUACACGAAACCCUUCUGAACUGAAAGGCAAGUUCAUUCACACGAAGCUGCGGAAAAGCAGCCGUGGCUUUGGCUUCACGGUCGUCGGAGGGGACGAACCUGACGAGUUUCUGCAGAUCAAGAGCCUCGUCCUGGAUGGUCCCGCUGCGCUGGACGGCAAGAUGGAAACAGGAGAUGUAAUUGUCAGCGUGAACGACACCUGUGUUUUGGGACACACACAUGCGCAAGUUGUGAAAAUCUUCCAGUCCAUCCCCAUCGGUGCCAGUGUGGACCUUGAACUCUGCCGAGGUUAUCCGUUGCCUUUUGACCCAGAUGACCCCAAUACGAGUUUAGUGACCUCAGUGGCCAUUUUGGAUAAAGAACCAAUUAUCGUGAAUGGGCAAGAGACCUACGAUUCCCCAGCUAGUCACAGCAGUAAAACAGGCAAAGUCAACGGCAUGAAGGACGCCAGGCCGAGCAGUCCGGCCGACGUGGCUUCCAACGGUUCCCAUGGUUACCCCAAUGACACUGUCUCGUUGGCUUCCUCCAUAGCCACUCAGCCAGAACUCAUAACUGUCCAUAUAGUCAAAGGGCCAAUGGGCUUUGGCUUCACUAUCGCAGACAGCCCUGGAGGGGGCGGCCAAAGAGUGAAACAGAUCGUGGACAGCCCCCGGUGCCGCGGCCUGAAGGAGGGGGACCUCAUCGUGGAAGUGAACAAGAAGAGCGUGCAGGCUCUCACGCACAACCAGGUCGUGGACAUGCUGAUCGAAUGUCCAAAGGGGAGUGAGGUCACCUUGUUGGUGCAACGAGGAGGGCUGCCAGUUCCCAAGAAGAGCCCCAAGUCGCAACCACUGGAGAGAAAAGACAGCCAGAACAGCUCACAGCACAGCGUCGCCAGCCACCGCAGCCUGCACACGGCCUCCCCCAGCCACAGCACACAGGUGCUCCCCGAGUUCCCACCUGCAGAGGCCCCCGCUGCAGAGCAGACCGACAGCUCUGGGCAGAAAAAGCCAGAUCCUUUUAAAAUCUGGGCCCAGUCCAGGAGCAUGUAUGAAAGCCGACCUAUGUCACCUUCGCCUGCGUCGGGAUUGAGCAAGGGUGAAAGAGAGAGAGAAAUCAAUUCCACGAAUUUUGGAGAAUGUCAGAUUCCAGAUUACCAAGAACAGGACAUCUUCCUCUGGAGGAAAGAGACUGGAUUUGGAUUUAGGAUUCUGGGUGGAAAUGAACCAGGGGAACCUAUUUAUAUCGGUCACAUCGUACCACUGGGUGCUGCUGAUACAGACGGCCGCCUGAGGUCUGGGGAUGAAUUAAUCUGUGUGGAUGGGACACCAGUCAUCGGAAAGUCACACCAGCUUGUGGUCCAGCUUAUGCAACAAGCUGCCAAGCAAGGCCACGUCAACCUCACAGUGCGGCGGAAAGUGGUAUUUUCAGCCCCCAAAGCCGAGCCGGAGGUGCCCUCGCCGGCCUCCUCGCACCACAGCAGCACGCAGCCCGCCUCGCUGACCGAGGAGAAGCGCACCCCGCAGGGCAGCCAGAACUCGCUCAACACCGUGAGCUCCGGCAGCGGCAGCACCAGCGGCAUCGGCAGCGGCGGGGGCGGCGGCAGCGGCGUGGGCAGCGCCCUGCAGCCCUACGACGUGGAGAUCCGGCGCGGGGACAGCGAGGGCUUCGGCUUCGUCAUCGUGUCGUCCGUGAGCCGGCCCGAGGCGGGCACGACCUUCGCAGGCAAUGCAUGUGUGGCUAUGCCUCACAAAAUAGGUCGGAUUAUUGAGGGGAGCCCUGCUGACCGAUGUGGCAAGCUGAAAGUAGGAGACCGGAUCUUGGCAGUAAAUGGAUGUUCCAUCACCAACAAGUCCCAUUCAGACAUUGUCAACCUAAUCAAGGAAGCGGGAAACACAGUUACCCUCCGCAUCAUUCCUGGGGAUGAGUCUUCGAAUGCCACUUUGCUGACCAACGCGGAGAAGAUCGCCACCAUCACCACCACACACACCCCUUCUCAGCCGGGGGCCCAGGAGACCAGGAACACCACCAAACCAAAGCCGGAAUCUCAGUUUGAGUUCAAAGCACCCCAGGCAACACAGGAGCAGGAUUUUUACACUGUGGACCUGGAAAGAGGAGCCAAGGGCUUUGGCUUUAGUCUUCGAGGGGGCCGAGAGUAUAACAUGGACCUCUAUGUUCUGCGCUUGGCAGAGGAUGGUCCUGCCGAAAGGUGUGGAAAGAUGAGGAUCGGUGACGAAAUUUUGGAGAUCAAUGGUGAAACCACCAAAAACAUGAAGCAUUCUCGGGCUAUAGAACUGAUUAAGAACGGAGGCCGCAGAGUGCGUCUGUCUCUGAAGCGGGGCGACGGCUCGGUACCGGAAUAUGACCCCGGCAGCGAGCGGCUCGGCGGCACCGCCGCUGCACACGGCUUCCCGGAAGUGAGGCCUGGCGUCCCGGAAGUGAGGCCCGGCGCCCCGGAAACGAGGGGCCGCCGGCUGCCCCCGCCUUCGGAGUCCAGUCACCCACCCGACCUUCACAAAUCCUCGCCGCACGGGGACCAGCGGGCGCCCGGAGGGCCCUCGCGGGGCAGCAGGGAGCCGGGCCGGGCGCCCAGUGAGCACCACACGUGGAACGGGACUCCCAGGACCCCCGGCGGCGGGGCCUUCCGCCCCCAGGACCGGGCGCCCGAGGGGCGUAGGGAGGCGCCCCCCGAGCGGCUGGCGGCCGACGGCCCCGGCAGGCGGGCCCCGGAGAGGCGCCGGGAGGGCACCCGCAGCGCCGACAACACGCUGGAGCGGAGGGAGAAGCCCGAGCGCAGACGCGAGGCCUCCCCCGGGAGGAGGCGCGAGCGCUCGCCCGGCCGCCGGAGGGAAGGCUCGCCCGGCCGCCGGAGGAGGUCCCUGGAGCGGCUCCUGGAGCAGAGGAGGUCCCCGGAGCGCAGGCGGCCGGGCUCGCCCGACAGGAGGGCCAAGUCCACCGACCGCAGGCGGGCGAGGUCCCCGGAGCGCCGGCGGGAGCGGUCCCUGGAGAAAAGGAACCGAGAGGACAGAGCCGGCCACCGGGAGAGGGACGAGGCGAGCCUGAAGCCCGAGGGCGGCCGCGGCGGCAGACACCCCCCGGAGCAGAGACGGCGGCCUUACAAGGAGUGCAGCACCGACCUCAGCAUCUGAGCCCGGCCGGGGCGAUCCCGGGGCCGAGGUGCAAGAGGAGGCUCACCCCGAAACCAUGUCCUCACCUUAGGAAGCACCUGGCACCUGAACACCCUGUGAAUAGCAACAAACAUGUUAUGCAUUUGAAUUUAUAAGGAAAAAAUAUAUAUGUGAACAGUGUUGUGCCUGAUGUAUAAUAUUAAAGAAAGUAUUUUUAAAUGCAUACUUUUCUGGAAAUUAUUUGCCAAAUGUUGCCCCGAAGGGGGAUAAAUUUUGUUUCUACAUACACUGUAGAAUUGUUCCCAUCUUUGGGCAAUCUUUUUCUCUCUCCUGGUCAAAUAGGGCUUUUGAUCAUUUUCUCUAAGUAAGGGAAGUUAUUGAUUAAUUUGAUAUAGACUUAUGUAAUGAUGUAGUGCUAUACUGUAGUUUUUCUUUAAAAAAAAAAAAAGCCAAGAGGCAAAAGUUAUAUUUGUAAAUGCUGAGGACUCUGGGAUUGCCGGUGAUCCUAAAAUCAAGCAAACUAUAUGAAGAGACUACUAUUGCAAAUGAAGGAUAUUUAUAGCAAAUCUACACAGCACACAGAAAUGUUAUGUUCUUGCGUCACAGUUGGUUCAGAAAACAGUUGAAACUCUCCCUGGCCAUAAAGGUUGGCCGCCAUGACCCAAAUGCAGCGCCGGUGCAGAUGGUCAGGUUCAUUAGCGUUACCAACACCUCCUAAGAUCUCAUGAAGGCAGUGCCAUCAUGGCCUCACUCAACUACUGGAAGCAAUGGACAAAAAAACACCUUCUGUAUUGUCUGGUUGAGGCUGCAGAGUAGAUGGAGUGGGGGACAAUGUGCCCAGUGUGAAGGAAUCAAAAAUCCUCAAAAGAGAAGGUGUGGUCCCCCUUUUGGCAUAAGCCCAGGUUGCUCCUUACCAAAUGGGGGAGGAGGGAAUGAGUCUUGGUGGAGUUAGCUCUCUGUUGAUAUGUAGGGUUUAGAGGUGCUUAUUAGAAAUGCCAGGUUCCCUUUUGAAACUAUUAACAACAGUCUCCAGAGUAAUUGAAGGGGAAAGGACAUGAUCCCAAUGGCUCUAGAGCUCAUUGGCAAAGUUCUGCCCUCAUGACCCUGUCCUUUGAAUUUUGGGACAGCAAAACAAAACAAGAUUUUUCUUUAAACAACAACAACACAUCUUUUGCAAUCCGCUCCCACAUGAGGUGUAACUGGGUUUGCUGUAGCCCAGGGAGGUGGUUGAAAUGGGAAAUGGAUUACUGCCUAGCUGAGCCAAAUGUUUGCUUGUACCGUUGGACCACUAUAGCAAACUGCUGCUUACAAUACAUUGUAUAUUUCCGUAGUACUGUUUUGCAUUUUCCAUACAGACACAAACUUUGCAAGUCAAUCACUGUUGUUCUCAUGGUACUGUUAAAAAAAAAAAAAGGAGAAAACCAGCCAAUCAUUGUGUGUACAGAGUAAAAAUUGUAAUUAAUAGAGCCUGUUUAAAAACAACUGUUGCCUUUUUUCUUGUAUAAAAGAGAAUUUAUGACAAAAACUUUAGCAGUGAGGAAUGUGAUAUGUGUUUAUAUUUCUGAAUAUGGAACAAAUUGAUUCAUUGGGAUAUAUUUUAAUGUAAACUAAAUCAGGUAUGUAAAGCUGUUUUAAAAUGGGAGACUAUAUAAGUAAUUCUUUAAAGCUUUACUUGGUUUGAGUAUCAUAAUUUCCUCCAUGGUGAGCCUGCUUGUGAACUAUUAGGCACUUGUUUGCAUUCUGUUCUUCACUCAUUUCUUGCAGUGUGCUAUGGACUUAAUGCUGUUUCUGUACUGAUGAAAAGCAGUGUGUGGGCCAAUCUUUUUAUAAAACACUAUGCAUAUAUAAUAUUACAUUGUUCAGAGCUUUAUUUGACUUAUGGGUUUAUACAUAGCACUAGGGUGAGUAGCUAUAGUUGAAUAGGCAUUCACAAAACAACUUCCUCAGAGAAAAAAGUCUGCAGCUGCUGUUUUUAUCAAAGUUUUCCAUACAAAACAUACAUCGAGCUAUAGUAGUAAGGCUGAGGGAGAAUACAACUGAAUAAUGAUGUUCUUUUUCAUCCAUUUCCUGGGAGCCAACUUGCAGAUUUUAUUCCUAAGGUUCCACUGCUAAGAAUUUUCUCACUAUUUCUAGCAAAAUCUGUGAUGUUAAAUGAUUGAUGCUCUCAGUUGUGGUCCAGAGUUUUAAAUAAAUGAAAUCAAGGUAGAUUUUUGGAGUACAUCAAAGUUGAUAUUUUGAUGUCUUUUUUUAUUGUCAUAGAUAACAGUUGACCUUUUAAAAUCUAUGUGCUACCCACCUGGGCUUGUCUCAAUCUGGAGACUUUGGUGGCUCUUUCCUCAGAAUUCCACACAGAUUCGCUUUGGAAAUAUUGUACUGUACAGGGACUAUGCACUAAAUAGAAAGAUAUAGUUUUCUCUGAACUACUGUAACCUUACAUUGGAGACUGAUUCUUGUGAGCCUACUUUCCUGAACCCCCCACUUCAUGUAAAUGUCUUGAUGAGAGAUGAUGGAUGUGUAUUUUAUACGAUGAAAUCAAACCAUUUAGAAAUUUCCUUCCCACCCAUAUUACACAGCGGAUGCCUAAAAGAAUGUGGGGGAGGGGGGACCCAACACCCUACUUGUAUUUUUUAAGUUUCUUUUGUGAAAGAUUUCUAAUGCAUUUUUACUGUAAAAAUACAUGGAAAUGUAUGCAUUCCAUAACCAC